AUGGACGAUUUCCCAAUGAGCCCGUACACAUUCAACGACCCGCAGAGCUUUGGAGGCUUUGGUGUCGGCCUUCAAUAUGGUGAUCAGGCGGUCGACCAGAACUUUGCAGAUGUGUUCAAUAAUGAAUUGGAAAUGAAAGGGGGCGACCCUCAGUCUUUCUCCGAGCCUGUUCCUGCUCAUCACGACUCAACACGUUGCUGCGGAUUCCGUCAAGGCUUGCUGGAUGAAUGCUAUCAGUCACGCCUCUACGCGAUGGCGCUUGAGUACUACUACCUCGAGGCAGAAGACCCUAGGCCGCUCCAGACCUAUCGUUGCCUCAUGUCUGCUUGUCAGAAACGGGACUUCAAAGACCCCAAAGCCAUGCUACGCCACCUCAAGCACUGCACACUCUUCCCACAGGGCAAUUUUUGGUGCCCGACGUGUGGUGUAGAUGAGUCCUUCCGGACGACUUCGAAGAAACGGUGCUCGUGGGACAGGGUGCGGUUUGGCCAAAAACUCCAGAAGAAGGUUCAACAUUACAAGGACUUCUUCAGAGGCCUCGCUGGGCCCUCCGAGCAAUCAACCCCAACGGCCACGAACCAGGGGUCAUGCCCAGCGUGCGGAUCGUUCAUCCCCUCAACAGAUACUCCUGUCAAUCACUCAUUCAGUGAUCGUCCUGGAACCUUCUGUAAACCAGAGCUACCAAACUCCCAGCUGGUAUUCAGACUCCCAGCUGAACUGCCAGACAUGGCCCUUGGUGAACUGCCAGCAAUGGCCCUUGGUGAACAUUUUAUUGAGGGAGAUUACCUUCAACUGCAUCCGCGCCAACAAUCAAAGGAGACAUAUUCUCUGUGCUUACCCUACCCCGAGCUUGAUUGCUCCCCUCCCACCAUAGUUGUCGAGCAAGCCCCGAACUUGAUUUCCCCUUCGGGACCUUCCACGGCGUCGCCGAGUCGAAAUGGAGUACAUUCGACUGACGUGUCACCUACGUCUUCGGCCGAGUCCUCAAAGCCUACGACUGGCAUUCAGAUCCAGUGUUUCCAGCCCGUUGGUCACAUGGGCUAUUUCGGCCAAGACCAAGCAGGUUUGCCCGGUCAGCAACUGACACGUUGGAAUUAUGGCUCUUCUACCGCUAGUGUUCGACCUCCGAAUGAUGCUAUUUAUGGACUGUCAGCUGCGUUGCCGCCUCCUAGUCGGGCUCAAUCCGUCUCUCGCAGCGAGCGAGUGCCAUCAUUGACCAUCAACACAAGCCAGCUCAUAUCCAACAUGGACACUUCCGCCUGGGCUCGUAACGUCCCUUGCUAUGACGGUAGUGCAUAUGACCUGAAAGAAAUGGAGACACCGAUACUGGAAAAUUACCAGCCGAUGGCGGCGGCUUCGUCCUUUGACACCGGAGCGGGUGGUACUUCGAGCGCCGGCAGUAGCGCCUUGUCUGGAGCACACAACACCGCAUCGUUUGAUACCUCGCCCUCCAAAACAGCAAUCUCAUCGUCCAGCUCCGGGCUAGCACCAAGUUCAGUAUUGACAGACCCUGAUUUGCAAUGUCAUUUCCCGGGCUGCGAGUUCACCCCGAAAGGCAAGCCAGAAAAUCUUAAGUCGUACAUGCGGAAGCACCUAAGGACGCACAAGGAUAUCCACAUCCAGUGUCCAGAAUGCUACAAAACGUUUACGAGACAAGACAAUCUGACCCAUCACCUGCGCGCAGCUCAUAAGAGGCGCCGUGACAGUUCUGGUAGUGACGAGCUACCAAGCCAGCAGAGGAGGAAGAGUGUCGCGUCCAUCACGUGGGUUUAG